AUGUCAUUCUUCUCCGCGCUGUGCGGUUGCUUCUCCCGCGAAGAGAAACCCUCCUCGACCCCGGAAACAAUGAUCCAAAGACCAAACGACAACAUCCAAACAGGCCACUUCACACUCAACGGCGACGGUCAAUUCAUCCGCCCCUCCCCUUCGCUCUCACCCGGGCGCAAUGGGCACGGACCCCCGGGUGACUCGGAGGACGGGGGCUAUUCUAGCGUGGUCCCGCUGCCGCAGUACACAGCCCGUCCGAUGAGCCUCCACGAGAAGACACUGGAAGCCCACAUGCGCGAUCCAUCUGUGUCUUCUGACUCCCAGCAGUACCCCGUGGAAGAGAAGAACCGCAAUCUCUACGAUGAGGAAGUCACAUCUGAUGCUUCCUCUGCUAUAUCCUAUCCUAGCAGCUAUGGAAAUACAUCUACUGCAACGAGGGAGACUCCACCGCCACCGUACUCGCCUCGUCAUUCGGUGAUGCUGAGUCGGUCACGGUCUAUUUCUAUUUCUUCGGCUAUGGCUGUUAUUGUUAAUCCGCCGCCUAUGGCGCGUCUCAAUGGUUCGCGGACUGGACCUGCCUAUGUUGAGGAUGAUGAUCGGUCUAUUCGUCGUCACCGUCGGCUCUCUUGGGAAAGUCAGUAA